AUGGACCAGUACAGCCUUGGGGACGAGGGUGUCCUUCCAUCGGAAAUGCACCUCCCACCAUUUCCAGAGAGCCAAGGGUUCACCUGCAGUGACACCCUUAACCGGGACUUGGGUCCCAGCUCGCGAGACCUGCUCUAUGCUGGCCUGAGUGGUUUGGACCUGGACUCCAGCCUCCCUGCACCCGACGUGCCCAGCGAGGCGCUGGAAGACAACUUGGACACCCUGUCCUUGUUCUCAGGGAAGGACAGUGACUCCACAAAGCUGCUGGAGGAGUAUGCAGACUCGGAGCCUCAGACGUCCCUGCAAGACCUGGGACUGGGCACGCUCAAGGUGCCUAAGGAGGCUGACGAGGGAGGCAGGGCAGCCUCGGGGAGUGCCCGGAAAGGACGGCGGCAGCACAGCUCCCCCCAGAAUGUGCUCCUGGACUGCAGCCUCUGUGGGAAGGUGUUCAGCAGCGCCAGCUCACUCAGCAAGCACUACCUGACGCACAGCCAGGAGCGCAAGCAUGUCUGCAAGAUCUGCAGCAAGGCCUUCAAGCGACAGGACCACCUGACGGGGCACAUGCUUACCCACCAGAAGACCAAGCCCUUUGUGUGCGUCGAGCAGGGCUGCAGCAAGAGCUACUGUGACUACCGCUCCCUGCGCCGCCACUAUGAGGUCCAGCACGGCCUGUGCAUCCUGAAGGAGGCCCCCCCGGAAGAAGAGUCCUGCGGGGACUCCCCUCACACCCACGAGACGGCCGGCCAGCCGCCCACCAGCGGCCUGCGCUCACUGGGGCCCCCAGAAGCCAGGUCCCCCGGCUCCCUCCUGCCCAGCCGUGACCUCCUGCGUUGCUUGGUGAGCAGCAUCGUCCACCAGAAGCUCCCGUCUCCCGGGCCUGCCCCGGUGGGGUCUGUGGACAGUGAGGGGAAGGGCGUGGCCUGCCCCUGCCUCGCCUCCUCGGGAGCCUCCUCCUGUGCCUCCACCGGGACCCCGGCAGCCCCAGGAGGCCUGGGCACUGAGGUUCCCGAGGAGCCUCCGCUCCCAUGGAAGGAGCUGAGCACAGACGUGCUCACAGCUGCCCCCUCGAGGGCUGCCGACAGCAGCGCCCCCGACCCUCCGGAACCAGAGCCCCCGCUGCUUCAGCUCCCCUCCAUUGCGGAGGGCUGGCCUGAGGGCAGUCCCCUGCCCGCCUGCCUGCCUCUCUACCGAGGCCAGCUGGUCCCUGCCGGCUCCCAGCCGUUGAGCCACAACUUCCAGUGGCUCCGGAACCUGCCGGGCUGCCCCAAGAGCAAAGGCAGCAACGUGUUUGUUGUCCACAAGUCCCCUGUGGCACCGUCGCGGGAGGGCGAGUCGGGCCCUGGGCCCAGCGGCCCCUCCUCCUCGGUGGAGCUGCCGUCCGGCUCGGGGAGCAGCUUGGAGGACCCGCUGCCCUUUCCUCCCGCACCCCUGAAGGCACCCAGGGAGGCCUCGAGCGACCCCAGGCUCGCCGGCGGGGACGACGACCCCUGGGCUUCCAAGAAGGGCAAGUGCGACUGCGACUCCUUCCCGUGGCAGAACCCGGGGGAGCCUAGCCCCCAGGACGUGCAGAAGGCAGGUGGUUUCUCGUCAGAUGCCACGCCGAUCUUCCGGCAGCUGUUCCUGAAGUCGCAGGAGACUCUGGUGAGCCACGAGCAGAUGCAGGUGUUCCAGAUGAUCACCAAGUCCCAGCGUGUCUUCUCCCAUGCCCAGGUGGCAACAGCCUCCUCCCAGCUCCCUGUGCCCGAGGGCAAGCAGGCCACCCCCAAGCUGCUGCAGGGGUCGUGGCCUCAGCAGCCCCCUCCACCGGCGCCUGCCCGUGACUCUCUCCACGUUGGCCCCAGAAACCUGGAGCCAUUUGACUCCCCCGCCUGCAGGAGGAAGGCCACGCCCUCGGUUCCCCGAGAGGCCUCGCCUGGCAGCACCAGGCGAGACUCCAAGGGAGGCCCGAAGGAGGCCCCUGCUGCACUGCCCCUUCCAGUGCCGACUCCGGGCCCUUCCGGGAAGCCAGACGUCUCUUCUCUGGCCAAGCAGCUGCGGUCCUCAAAAGGGACCUUGGACCUGGGGGACAUCUUCCCCAUGGGAGGCCCAAGGCAGACCCAGUCAGGUGGGGAUGAGCCGCCCGGGAAGCAGGCCCAGGCAGAGAACGGCACGGCCUCAGGGGCCACGAAAGGUGACAGGGCCCCAGCCUGCUCCCGGGGCAGCAGCCACAGGCUUUUCUCCGGCCACCCCCGGGCCCAGCGCUUCUCGGGCUUCCGGAAGGAGAAGGCGAAGAUGGAUAUGUGCUGUGCAGCCUCUCCCAGCCAGGUGGCCAUGGCCUCCUUCUCGUCUGGGCCUCCCGCGGAUGCCCCGCUUGACGCCAAGUCCAAGCUGACGAUUUUCAACAGAAUCCAGGGUGGAAACAUCUACCGGGUCCCCCACCCAACGAAGGAAGAGAGCCCAGCUGGCCACAGUAACCAGCACAAUGGGGGCCCUGCAGACAGGACAGAGCCGCGGAACACUUACGUCUGCAAGAACUGCAGCCAGAUGUUUUACACCGAGCGUGGGCUCAACAGCCACAUGUGCUUCCACAGCGACCAGUGGCCGUCGCCACGAGGGCAGCAGGAGCCACAGGCGUUUGGAGCAGAGUUUGGCAAGCCCUCAAGGCAGGUGCUGAGGCUGGAAGGGAACCAGCAGAGUCCCCCAGGGGCCAGGAAGCCCUUGGAGCACAUAGCUGCAGCCCCUUCUGGGAUCCCCACGGCCACAGUGAACCGACACACAGGUAGCACAACCAAGGGACAAGAGAGAGACAGAGAAGAGAGAGACAGCAAGGAGAGUGGCCAGCACCGAAAGCGGAAGAAGCGCCUCCUGUCGAAGCUGCCCGGCACCCGGCCACGCUCUGCGCUGGGGGAGCCAGGCCCUGGGGGCUGCCACCAGAGCUGCCUGCGGGCCCCGGUGUUCCUGGUGGACCGCCUCCUGAAGGGCCUGUUCCAGUGCUCCCCCUAUACGCCGCCGCCCAUGCUCAGCCCCAUCCGCGAGGGCUCAGGGCUGUACUUCAACACCCUGUGCCCCAGAGCCCUGCGGGCCGGCCCCGACCAGCUCAUCUGCUCCGGGAUUGAUCAAGUGGAUGGUCCUUUUGGCCUCAGUGUGGUGAAGGAUGACACCAAGAUCAGCAUUGAGCCACACAUCAACAUAGGAAACCGGUUUCAGGCUGAGAUCCCGGAGCUCCAGGAUAGCUCGCUGGCUGGAGUCGACAAACACAUUGCUCCUCUGGUCUGGAAGCCGUGGGGAGAUGUGAUGACCAACCCCGAGACACAGGAGAGAGUGACUGAGCUCUGCAACGUGGCGUGCUCCAGCGUGAUGCCAGGAGGGGGUACCAACCUGGAGCUCGCCCUGCACUGCCUGCAUGAAGCCCAGGGCAACAUCCAGGUGGCCUUGGAGACCCUCUUACUCCGCGGACCUUACAAGUCAGGGACUCACCCGCUUGCCGACUAUCGCUACACAGGUUCGGACAUCUGGACCCCUAUGGAGAAGAGGCUCUUCAAGAAGGCGUUCUGUGCCCACAAGAAGGACUUUUACUUGAUCCAUAAGACGAUCCAGACAAAGACGGUAGCCCAGUGUGUGGAGUAUUAUUACAUCUGGAAAAAAAUGGUCAAGUUUGACUGUGGCCGAGCCCCAGGGCUAGAAAAGAGGAUCAAGAGAGAGCCAGAUGAAGUGGAAAGGACAGAAGAAAAGGGCACUUGCAGCCCUCAGGAGAGACUCAGCCACCGCCCAACUCCUGAGUUAAAGAUGAAGACCAAGAGCUACCGGAGAGAGCCCAUCCUCCACUCCAGCCCCGGCGUGGGCCCCAGGCGGACCCCUGAGCCACAGGGGAAUGUGGAAGGCCAGGGCGUGUUUCCGUGCAGAGAGUGUGAGAGGGUCUUCGACAAGAUCAAGAGUCGAAAUGCCCACAUGAAGCGCCACCGCCUUCAGGACCACGUGGAGCCCGUGGUCAGGGUGAAGUGGCCAGGGAAGCCCUUCCAGCUGAAGGAGGAGGAGGAGGAGGAGGAGCUGGGGGCCGACAUCGGGCCCCUGCAGUGGUGA